UGCAGGAGAUGCAUAAAUAUAUAUAUACAUAUAUAAAUACACAACAUCGGUGUUUAGAUUGGUGGAAACAUAAACGCACGCACGCACACUCAUAACGGAUGUUCAUACGCACACAACCACACAGAUACACACAAAGAAAUACGGGCUUCUACACAGUUUCCGUCCUACAGAUUCCACUCACAAUGUACCGGUUAAUCAAAGUUUUACGCCACGGGAUUGAACCCGGAAUUACAUAGUUUGAUCCGCUUAGAUGUAUUUUGUGGUGCAGGAAGCGAGACUAGUCGUUUACAUAAUCACGCAUAACAGUUCUAUAGACUCAUAGACAAAUACAGGAUUCAUGUCUUCCUCUAUACCCAUUGCUGAUCCAGAUGAUUAUGAAAUCUGCCCGUAUGACCCUGUUCACAGGGUACAGAGCAGGAGAAUGGUUUACCAUUUAGAAAAAUGUCGGAAAAAUUUUCCAAUGAAAAAAACUCGAAUUUGUCCCUUCAAUAACAAACAUCGAAUUCCGGAGCCAGAAUUUCGGUAUCAUUUGGUUUUAUGUCCAGAUAAAGCCAUUCUUGACCAAGAUUUGAAACAUGCCUGGCUUCAGCAGAAUAAAGAUGAUGAGGAACUUCCUUCUGGGAACCUCGAGGUCCCCGAUACGAACUUUCAACUAAACAUGGAAGAAGAUUGGGAAGCAGAUUCAGAACAGAAGUUUUUCAAGCUUGGUGCUGGAAGAAUUGCCAGCAGUCAUUCCGUGGUGGAUACAAACCAAACUGAACUAAGGUUACCGGCUCACAAGUUUAACAACAGUCAAGAUAACCUUCCAGUCUAUCAGUUUAGCUCAAAUAGUUUGCUGAUGGCAUCAGAAGGAAUUGGACGAGGAAGAGGAAAAGGUUCAAAACCAGUGGUUCCAGUUGGCAGAGGAAGAGGAACUUCAGGUUGUAAAGAGAAUGUGACGAAAUUAGGGAAACCUGGUGCCUCUCAAACUGCAACAAAGCCAGGAAAUGCCUCUGCUGUAGAAUCAGCCAAAUUAUCUGUGUCUGUUGAUAAAACUUGGUUACAAGAUGUGAAUCAAAAUUGUAAGAAAAAGAAAACCAAGACUAAGAAUGCCUGUGCCAAAACUGUGAUUAAAGAGGAACCACCAACUCCUGUGACAGCUGAAGAUGAAGCCAAAACGAUUCGUCGUCUUCGAAAGAAACUUCGUCAGAUUAGUCUAUUGGAAGAACAAAAGUCUGCUGGAUUGUCACUUGAUAAAGACCAGAUCGCCAAAAUAGCAAUGAAAGAGACGUUAUGUAAACAACUCGAAUCCCUAGAAUUAAGAGACCAUUGAUGACUAGUGGAGCCUUAACUGCCGAAAUUCUUUGAAUUUAUAUAUUCAGAAAUAUUUUAUUUUCCUUUCUAAACAUUUGUCAGAAACCUGGUGAAUACUGAACUCAAGACGUUUGAGUUUCUAUCGCAGCAAGUAUUGUGUUGUCCUUAGACAAGACUCUUAACACAACAUGCUUUGCAAAUAAUAAUAAUAAUAAUAAUUUUUUAAAAAAUCAUCCCACCUUUUAAAAAAAAAAUUCUAAUAAUCUAAUAUUUUUUCCCCUUAAAUUCAUUUUCCAUUACAAGUUUGGAAAAUGCAUCAAAAUAUGAGAGAAAAUGAUAUCUGAGACUUCAAAUUGUUUGCUAAGGGCUUGUGCAAUCACUGUGAGCUGGAAUUAAAAAAAAAAAAGAAAAGAAAUUGUCUCAUGACAUCUUUUUGUUGCUACAAGUUCAAUUCUUCAAUUGUUAGUUGAAGUUACACUCUAACCUCCAGCCCCAAAUCUCUUGUCUUAAUCCUAAUCCUUAACCCCUAACCCCACAUCAGCUGUAUGAUCGAACACCACGGGGAAAAUUUCUUUCACAUUUGACUCAGUAAAUCAUUAAUGCUGAGAAGAAACCUUUAAAUUUCUAUUAAUGUAGAAGAAUGUAAGUUUGGUCUCAAUAAGCUAAGGUCAUUAAUUUUUAAUUAAUCUUUUUCACUACAUCACAACUUGCUCAAAAAUGUCACCCCAAACCACAUAAUUGCCUUCACAUGACUGACAUGUUAAGAUCUCCCUUCAUAUUUCUCUGGUAGAAUCAUUAGAGUUGGACUUAAAUACUAAGCAGCAUUUCUUUCUACACAUGUUCUGGUUUCAAAUUCUGUCAGGGUUGGCUUUGCUUUCAUUCCUUUCGGGGUUGAUGAGUACCAGUUGAUCACUUGGGUUGAUGUAAUCCACUAGUGCCCUCCCAUCAAAAUGUCAGGCCUUGUGCCUAUAGUGGAAUUUAUUAUUAUUAUUAUUAUUAUUAUUAAUGCUCUGAAUUGGCAAAAACCUUUUUUUAUGCCAGACAUAAUGCCUAGCAGUCUUUGUUCUGGUCCUUUUAUAGUCUGAGUUCAAAGACCAUCAAGGAUGAUUUUUGCCUGUCAUCCUUUCAUGGUCAAUAAAAUAAAGGAGCAGCUAAAGACUGACAAAUGACUUGUCCCCUCCCCUCAAAAUUAUCAGCAUUCUGUCUAUAUUCAAAACUUUAUUAGUGGGGCAGUUGUUGGCAUUUAUUUGUAGAGAAUCGGACAGACUGUCUGGCAGUAUUUGCGUUUCUUUAGGUUCCAGUUCCAAUUUUGCCAUAGUUGACUUUCGUCUUUCGUGUUAUCAUAACAAUCACCAAUUGUGACAGUUCCACCAUUAUUAUCUCACUACUUGUACUAUUUCUAUUUGUGUUGCAUUUUGAGUGAACCUCCUAUUCAUUGUAUUACUAUUGGCUUCACAAAUGAUAGAAUUAUGAACAUUACCAUUACUAGCAUUAUUAUUAUAUUAUAAAAGAAAUCAUUAUUAUGAAUAACAGCAGCAACAGUAUAAAGAUGAGGAAGUGUAAUAAAAGUAAUGAUAAUAAUUACAAUAAUAGUGGUAGAGGCUACGGCAGUUAUAUUAGCAACCAUAAUGGAAAUAAGAUAAAUUAAUCUGCAAAAUGAGGCAGUAUUACAGUGACCUAUUGUGGUAUAACACUCCCCAUGGUCUACAAAUAUUAUACAAUUGGUUAGGAAGUUUUCCAAUGUCUUGGAGAAGCACUUCCCUCUGUCUCGUAGCUAUAGUAGAAUCUUUAACCAACACAAAAUUAAGCUCUCUUUUUUUGUAUAACACCUAUUCUGGUUGAUAAUGCUGCUAUUAAUCAGCUUAGGAUUAGUAAGGAUUCCCUCAAUAAUAGUAAUGGCAUUAACCCUACCUGGAAUUCAUUCUUGCUCAACAUAUCGUGUAUGUAGCAGUCUGUGGGCUAAGUUCCAACACUCAUUCGAUUAGAGAUUAUAAUCCUGUUGGUGGUUAGGGGCAAUGAUAGUCUAAUAAUAAUAAUAAUAAUAAUGAUCAAAUAUAUUAGUAAUGGCAAUCACAACUGUAAUGAUAAUAUGAAGAAUGCCAAUAGUUGUGUUACCAGUAAUUGUACAAUGAACACCCAUCAUUUACAUAAUAAUUCUUAUAAUAGUGACAUACUAACACCCUGGCAGUUACAAUGUUAAAUGUUCCAGCUGAUCCAAUUGAUGGAACAGCCUGCUCGUGAAAUUAAUAGGAAAGUGGCUGAGCGCUCCUCAGGCCUCCUUAAUGUAGUUCUCACGGAGAUGUGACGUAACACAAUGUAACCAGGUUGGCCCCUUGAAAUACAAGUACAACUCAGUUUUGCACUGCAGCAAUAAAGUGAAAUCAAGUGUCUUGCUCAAGGACACAACAUGCCAUCGGGAGUCAAACUCAUGACCCUCUGAUCGUGAGCCAAGUACCCUGACCACUAAGCCACAAACACCUUCAAUAUUGUCUAUAAAUGUAACAUUAGAACUCACCUACGUAUAUUUACUUACUCAGAGGUGGGUUGAGAAAUAACACUAUCUAUUCCCUUUGUCAUCAAUUCAUGAAUCUGUACCCUUCACAUUCUCCCUAUUUGUCACCGAUGACAGAAUGUCCCAUACUCUGGGAUAUCCCAGAAACAGCUGUAAGACCUUGAAUAUUUUUCCAAUAAUGUAUAUGACUUGAGCUGUUUGCCUUAACGUUUGUUGUCCUCUUUAACAAUUCUAUAUCCGUUGCAUCGGAAAUCUGCAAUGGCUCCAUAACUACCUUCUCGGCUGUAAUCUCGGAGCCCAAGUAAUCCGUUACAGCACUUACCUUGCGUACCUAAUCUAUUAGAUCACCUGUGAACUAAACCCCCAUACUUUGUGUAUUUACUUAUGUAGGUUCUUCUUCUUUCAAAUUAAGAUUUAUGUAAUCUACUUCACACCUUUUCGAAGGAUAAAUGAAACGAAAGCACUGUUCUCCAGAAAGUCUGGGAGUUAGAAAACAAAAUGUUGAAUUUUGUUUUCAUUUAAUGUGGAGCUUUAUCACACACGCUAAGCCAUUUGUUAACAAUAGAUAGGAUUGUAAUCUCUGCUGUAUGGAAUUGUUGGAAAUCUAAAAUGCACAAGAGAGGUUCUUUUAUUCUUUUACUUGUUUCAGUCAUUUGACUGUGGACAUGCAGGAGCACCACCUUUUAGUCGAGCAAAUCGAUCCCAAGACUUAUUCCUUGUAAGCCUAGUACUUAUUCUAUCGGUUUCUUUUUUGCCGAACCACUAAAUUAUGGGGAAGUAGACACACCAACAUCGCGUGUCAAGUGAAGUUGGGGGGACAAAAACACACACAUACAUAUAUAUAUGGCGGGCUUCUUUCAGUUUCCGUCUACCAAAUCCACUCAUAUGGCAUUGGUCGGCCCGAGGCUAUAGUAGAAGACACUUGCCCAAGGUACCACGCAGUGGGACUGAACCUGGAACCAUGUGGUUGGUAAGCAAGCUACCUUACCACACAGCCACUCCUGCUCCUGUUUGCUUUUAAUAGAUUGAACAAACUAAAGGUUUAUACUUCUAUAGGACUGAAUGCUAAACCUGGGGUACAUACCUUCAUCACCAGUGACAGGAUUUAUGAUUUAUCUUCGCAGCCUAGCAUACCUCUGUCAUUAUGGUUGUAACUGAUCAUAUUCAAACAACCCUUUGUUCUAACGACACAUACUGAUGAUUGUUAGCGGACGUUAAACGAUGAUGAUGAUUUUAUAUUCCUCAUUAUUUAUAUUUAAUAACUUUUUGUCAGUUUACUUUUAGCACUGGCUUAUCUAUAAUAACUGUCACCAUCUCUAGUUACACACCUAAUUCUUUAUAAUUUAUUAUUCUAUAAACUCUCUUGACACUAUUUAGCAUAUAGGGCCUCUGUAACUCUUACAAUUUUUAACAUUGUCUUAUUAAGCCCAAGAAUUACAUUAUUUACAUUUGACGGCUAUUUGUCCUCAUCUUGUUUGUAAAUAAUUCCUCCUCUCUUAAAUAUAGAACUGUAUAAUCCCAAUAAUUUUAAAUCACUAGGGAAUGUUUUAUCUAUUGUACCAGAACAAUUUUAAUUAACUUACUUUAUUCUAAAUAAUUUCUGGCAACUUUGGUUGUUAUAAACAUUAAUGCCUUUGGAUUAUCACGUUUAUCAGUUCUGCUUUUCUUUCUCAAUUAAGCUCUGGUCUUUCAACUGACAGAUUCUUUGCAGCUAAGUAACCGAUAACUUCUUACUGUGUUGGUCAAGCUCUCAUUAUUAUUAUUCUAGGAUGUUCAUUUAUUCAUUCAUGCCAAUACCAUCUUCCUCUGUACGUGAUUUAUCUUUUUCUUUCUUUUCCUUUUACCUCCCCUUCUUUCCUUCUUCCAGAAUUCUGCAGAGAACCGAGCUCAGCUGCAGUUUUAACUGCCAUUAUUUGCUGGAUCUCUUGUCACUACAUUCCGAGUGCAAGUUCCGCUGAGGUCGACUUUGCCUUUCAUCCUUUCGGGGUCGAUAAAUUAAGCACCAGUUGCGUGCUGGGGUCGACGCGAUCGACUAUCCACCCACACUCAAUUUCCUGGCCUUGUGCCUAUAGUAGAAAGGAUCAUUAGCUGAAUCUCCAUUAAAUGAUGCUAAUAUACUUGUUGUUCAAUAAUAUUGUUUUGGAUCAAACGAAUGCUGACUUUUAAGGUAAUAUUAUAACAGUAAACGUCUCUUUUUUCCCCUUUGAGCCACAUUGGCAGCUGCCUUUGAACAUGUUUUGAUGGGGGACCAGAUGUCAUGCUUGGUUCCUUAUUAUCUGCAACUGUUGGUCUUUGUGGAUGAGGUCACAAGACUUAAUGACUUCUUUAGGAUUAUUAAUGCCUUUAACUGCCCUUAUAUUUGACUUUAUUCUACCAUCCACCCCUCUCGAUUGGCAGGUUGCAGACGCACCCACCUUCAAUUUCUUAAAUGUUGGUAAUUAUGAUUUUAACUUCACUUGUUGAUAAAUCAACCAGUCACACGUUAAUAUGGUUGCCUGAUAAGUUGGGUGUUAUGUAGCGUUAGACAGUCUAACUAAAUUCUAUUAUGCUUAUGUCAUAAUAUAGACUCUGAAUGAAAUAAUUGAAGCAAUUACCAGAAAGGCCCAUUAGUCUAUAUAAUAUAUAUACACACUCACAUACAUACACUGUGCCUUGGAAAAAAGAUGGGAUGGCCAUGGCUGGAACGUCUUUUCACACAAGUUUGCUCAAUAAGGACUGACUGACAGCUAAACAAUAACACACAAACAUAUCUUUAUAAACAUAAAUACAUAAAAAAAACAAGCUAACACCAA